AUGCUUAGAAAAGUCUUCUUUAAAUUUUCAUAAGAUAUCGAAAAAGUUAUGGCUGAUAAACUUACUUAAGUAUUAAAAGCAACAAAAGUAGAAGUUAUUGACACAUCUGGAGGAUGUAAUCAAUUAAUUAAAUUUGUCUAGGUGGCUCUAUGUAUAGAUUGGAAAUUGAAUCACCUGAAUUUCAAGGUAAAUCAAAGGUUAAAUAACAUUAAAUGGUUGUAGAAGCUUUAAAAAAUGAAUUAGUUGGUGCUCAUGGAUAUACAAUUAAAACUAAUAUUCCCAAAUGA